UUUGACAUAUACAAUUUGGGAGACCGUAAAACAGAAACUCCCUAAUUCAGCGCCACAUCAUACCAAUCGAGGCGCUUUCCUCUUUUAUUUAUUUCGAUUUUUUAUUCUCUGAAAGUUUUCAAUUCAAAAUAACGUUCAUAUUUUUGCUUUAAUCAACGGAUCUGUCGCCGCCGACAGGAGAGGGAGAGAGUGCUCGAGAGAGAAGGGGGAAGACGCCAUGAUCCGCACAGAAAAGCUGGGUAGGAAGGUUUCGAGUUCGGCUAAGGUAAAGAAGCUGGAAACUAAGAGGGUCAGUCCAAUGAACCCUCUCUGUGACCUCAACUUCCCGUCCAUUCCUCCACUUCAAGCGUCAGCUGAGGCCCAAAGAAGAGGAUGCUUCCGCUUCUGCCGCCCCAAUUCCUCCACCAAGGCGGACUCGUUUCUGAGAUCCCAAUGUCAGCCCCGAACUCCAAAAUCAGCUCCCCCAAGCUCGAGAAACCUCUCCUCGAAAGCCAUCCCUAGUACCUCCUCAUUCAGGAACAAAAAUCGUCCAAAACCGAUCUGUGAGAACCCUCAGAACCUCAGAUUGAAGAAGCCAGCGAAGCCAAAUACUCCAGAUCUUCUUCAUAAAUCGAAAAAGCGAAGACCUGUUAUGACAGCGCACACCGGAGUUACAAAACCUGAAUCCAAUUUUAAGAUGGAUUUUAAGGCGAAAAAUGUAUUUCUUGUGGAUUCUGCUCGAGAAAUUGCAAAACCUGAACCCAUUUGCAAAAUGAAUUCUACUCGAGAGAGAGCCAUUACGCCUGAAGGGAUUAAGCCUGUUUCUGAGGGAAAGCCACAGCUUUCAGCAACUCCUCCAUCGAACUCCACGCCUCCCAUUCAGGCUUCGAUAUCUCCAGAGGUCUCCUGUGCCUUCUCUGUAACUCCGACACCAGUGUGUUUCGCUACAGGGCAUGUCAUGGCCGGUGUCGAAGACCGAAGGAAGUGCAGACCUCGCGGUAUUCUAACCAUAGGGGAGCAGCAGGAUAAUCUAUCUCGGGUUUCUUCAGCUCCGCCUCUUGUUGAAGCUUCUGUUUGCUGGUUUUCUUCACCCCUUGAGGUUAGAAAUGGAAGUGGCGGGGAUUCCUCUUGUUCUAAAGUUCGAACUUUUGAUUUUCCUGAUGAAGCUUCUGUAAAUUGGCUUAAGUCUCCUCGAGAUGUAGCACAGAUAGAGAUCGAGUCUGGUUUGGUAAAGACGAAAUCUUCCAUUUUGGAUGCAGGGUUUGGAGUCGAAGAAACCCCAUCAUCUUACACUGGCAUUCUAAGAACUCCUUCGAGUGGUAGUGUUAGUCCUUUUUCUGUAAUUGUACAACGGGCAGAAGCAUCUUCUAGGCCCCAAGUUCUUAGCACUCGGAAGGAGAUAGGAGGAUACAGAUAUGGCAAUGCUUUGGAUGUUUCUCCUUCUGAGGAAGCCUGGAGCAACAGUGGUGCUGUUUCUACUCCAUCUUAUACAAAUUCCAAAAGAAAUGGUGUCAUAUCUCUUUUGGAGAUUGAUUCUGCUACAGAGGAUUUGGGAGCAUUGAGAUUGUCAUCAAAACCGGUAUCAGGCAACAAUCAGAGUGAUAUUUCACCAAUGCAUAGUUUGAGCUUCAAAUUUGGUUGCCAACCUACACCAACACCUUUGAACUCCAUUGAUCUCAACUGCUUCAAAAGAUCUAGAUGUGAUGAUCACUCUGAGGUAGAGAAAAGGGAGAACUUAUUAGCAUCAGGUGCAAGGAUAUCUUGGCGAGAUGGACUUCUUAGUAGGAUCUUUGAGAUGGGUGAAUUGGAUUCUUAUCACAGUUUCUUUGAUGUUGAUAAAGAUGUUGAUUAUCAAAAAGAUGGUGAUGCCAAAUCUGAUUUUGGUUUUAAAUUUGCCUUAGAAAAUGGGAGUUUGUCUGUUGAAAAAGGAAAUGGUUUUGGAUCAUAUGAGUUUCCAGUCGGCAAAAACAAAAUUGUUCAUAAGUGUCCAUCAAAAGUUCCUCUUUUGGAGCCCAUUUCAUUUGCCGAAUCAAUUAGCAUAGAAGAUGGUCUCGUCUCUUCGGGUGAUUCUGAUUGGACACUAUUUUACAAGAAUAAUCUAUUUGAAGUUUG